AGUAGUGAAUGUUCAUUUUUUCACUUACAAGUGGGUGUGACUGUUAUGAACCUCGUCACUCUACCUGCAACAACCAAUAUGGUUAGCUCGAGCAACCCAUUGCAUACUCCAAACUACGAGCAAGGCAUAUAUAAACCUGCUUUAGAUACCUACCGAGGACUCCCCAACUUCCAACAAUCCCGAUAAUCAAACCACUUCUUCUAGAAAAACCUCUUCAAAGUUGCGGUCAUGAAGUCUAUCAUCGCUAUCUUCCCCCUCUGCCUCUGGCACAUGAUCAGCGGAACCCCCAUCCCGCCCCAAAACUCACCAGACGUCCUUCCCCGGAAACCACUUCUCCCCCACGUCGUCGAACCUAUCAUCACCUACCCGCGCGCCAGCGUCGAGAGCAUCCGAGCCGCAACCCGCAAGGCCCGCGCCGGGUUAUACGGCAGCACCUUCGCGGCCAGAAACGUAACGCUUCUAAACCACACCGUGCUGGGCACUCACCUCUUUGAGCGAGGCGACCACAAAGAGGACAAGGACAAGGGCAGCAACAACAAGACCAUCUUCAAAUCCACCUGCCACGCCAAUGUGUCCACCUUCGUCGACAACACCCGCGCUACCUCGCCGCUCGCGGCCGACUGCUCUGCGCUCGUCGAGCAGAUGAUGAGCGAGUACGCGAGCCAGUCGUGCACGUCGUUCGGGUUCGCGCCUAGCCACGAUAACAUUAACAACGACAGCAGCAGCAGCAGCAAGACGACCACCAACCUGAUUGCGGCACACGCGUCUUGCGGGUUCAGCAUAACGGUCGACACCGCCGCGGUGGGGCGCACGUCCGUGGGCGUCGGUGACGUGGUGGCCGUGAUCCGGGAGGUGGUGCGGCGGUUUGCGGUCGACUACGCGGUCGACAAGAAGACGCGGCGGCGCGACGACGGCGACGACGACGGCUGCGGCGGUGGGAACGUGGGGGUCGUGAACGGGACUGUGGGGCCGGUCAAUUCGACUGCGAAUGCGAGGGUUAGCGGUGCCGGCGCGUUUGAGUGCGGCGGCGAUAGUGGUGGGAAUGGUACGACGGGUCAUGGGACUUUUGUGAAUUGGGCGGUGGUUCAUACUUAGUGGUGGUUUUUUUUUUUUAAAAAAAAGGAUGGGAUAAUAUGGGAUGGAAAGGUCUGGGAGGAAUAUAUCGUUACUGGGGUUAUGGCGUUGGCUACCUACCUACCUUCUAAGGUACUAGGUUAGGGAGUCGUAUCGGCGCCGUGGAAGUUAGUGUCUGACUACGUGGAUUUUCCAAUUCACCCGAAUAAACCAUUUCUUAACUCUCUUAUAUGGACUGCUGAGUGA